UCGUGACGUAGCGAGCAUUUCGCACCGUUUGUUAUGUUUGGAAGAAACAUGGAAGUACACUAGAAGAACAAUUUUCAUUUUGAUUGAAAUAAGGAUUUUAUUAAUUUGAACUUAAUGUGAAAAUGAAACAAUAAGGAAAAAGGAUUUAUACAAAUAAUUAACUUCUUUAUCAUUCCGAUAAUUGUAUCGUUUCAAAAGUGUGAUACGUGAAAACUCAGGUAGCAUGUUUGAACACAGGUGAGUGUCAGACAAAAAUCACCUUUGUCAACAAUCGGAGGUCGGAGCUGUGUAUUAUAGUUCUCAAAAUGUGUACAUUUCGCAUUAUAGGCUUACUACUAACAAACAGUAAUAAUUGUUAAUUUGGAAAAUGUGUCGUUUCGAGAGGAAUUACAUUACAUGAAAACAAAUACAUGAAAUACACGUGAAAUGCGAAACAUAAUUUAGCAUUGUGAGUACAAAUUAGUGGAGAAAAUUGAUCAAAAAGAGGUUCUCAGGGAAAACAUUAUAUUUUUGAAGCAUGGCUUUAAUAACGAUAUUCCAUGCAACAUGGAGAGAAUUAUUGACAACAUUUUUAGUUAUUUUACAAAUAUUAUCUGUGACUUCUCAAGUGCCGGACCCUGGUGGGACACCAGAAAUUACAACUGAAAAUUAUAAUAUUUCUGAAGAAUUACCAAUAGAUUCGUUUGUAGGAACUUUACCAAUUAAAUCAGGAUAUCUAUAUCAUAUUCAAGACCAACAAAAUUUAUUUAAAUUAAAUGAAAAUACAGGUAGGAUUACUACAAAUAUUGUCAUAGACAGAGAAAAACUUAAGCAAAACACAAUAAGUUUUUUCGUAACUGGCUCAUCAUCAUCAAAUACUCAGCAGCACCCCAUCAAUGUUAGGGUUACGAUUUUAGACAAAAAUGACAAUUCACCUACUUUUCCGCAACAAACAACAUCGAUUAGAUUUUACGAAAAUAUACAAGGUGCUCAAGUACCGCUUACAACAGCCUCUGACAACGAUUUUGGAGAGAACGGUAGAGUUUCAAACUAUGCAAUUAUUUCAAGAGAUGACGACAAUAAGUUUGAUGUUCUUUACGAUCCUGAUCAGUAUGGUGAGGUAUUAAUUGUUAGAAACGUAGAAAAAUUAAACCGAGAGGAACGAUCUGUUUAUCAGCUUAACGUUUCAGUGCAGGAUCACGGAACACCUCCAAAAUUUGGGUAUUUACAGAUUUCGAUAAAUGUAGACGAUGUUAAUGACAACCCACCAAUAUUUGAUCAAAGUCAGUAUAAAGCAACCAUAAAUGAAAGCGCCCCUAUUGGUACACUUGUCAUUCACGCUGCAGCGUCAGAUGAUGAUAUUGGAGUAAACAGCGACAUAACUUACUCAUUGUUGGAUGACUCAAAUCAAUUCCAAAUUGACCCUAAAACAGGAGAGAUCCGAACAACCAAAACACCAUUGUAUUGUUAUCAACGUUGUGAUCGAUCUGCUGGAGAAUUAGAAUGUGAACCCUAUAGCUGUAUUAUAACCAUUACGACUACAGAUGGUGGCAGUCCUUCAUUGUCAGGAAGAGCCUAUGUAUCUGUGAAAAUUGUUGACGAAAACAACCAUGCACCCACCAUCUCAAUAAAGCACUACCCAGAUGCCUCAAAGCCUCAUUCUACCGUUAGUGAAAAUGAAAGUACACCAAACAUUGUUGCCUUAGUAACAGUGACAGAUGCUGAUCCUGGAACAACAAUUUCAUCAUUGUCAAUUAUAUCAGGAAAUGAAAAGGGACAUUUUAAAAUAAUGUCAACACCCAACUUUAAGUACAGUUCUGUACAACUCAUAGGAGUUCCUGAUAGAGAGCGAAUUAGUGUUUACAACUUAACAAUUGAAGCCACAGACUCUGGAAUUCCUCAAAAGUCUUCUUAUGCAUAUUUGAUAGUUUAUGUUAUCGAUAUAAAUGAUCACGUUCCUUGGUUUACAAAACUUGAAUACAGGAUAACACUUGGUGAAACAUUACCUGUCGGUAGCUUUGUUGAAAGCUUAACAGCACAUGACGAAGACUCGGGUCAAAAUGCUGACUUGACCUAUUCUGUUGUUACUGGGAAUGAACGUGGAUGGUUUAAAUUAGACAAAAAGACGGGACUUCUCACAAUAAAGGCAAAACUACAUUACGAAAUUGCUUCAGGUAUUGUAAUGAAUGUAUCAGUUCAUGAUGGUGGACCCAGUCCAUUUUACAAUUUUACACGAGUCGUAAUAAACAUUUUAGACGAAAAUGAUCAGGCACCAACUUUCUCCAGCUCAAGCUUCAAUAUCACACUAGAUGAGAACAAAGCAGCAGGAUUUGAAAUUAUAAUGGCAACUGCAACUGAUGUUGACUCUGGCAUUAAUGGGACAGUAUCAUAUCACCUGCACGGCGAUGUUCAACUUAGAUAUCCAAGUACAUUUAGCAUAGACACGAAUAGUGGUAAACUUACAACGCUGAAGAUGUUAGACAGAGAGGUCAAGUCAUUUUAUGAGAUCAAAAUCAUAGCCAAAGACCAAGGACCACAACCUUUGUCCUCUACUGCAACAAUAAAUUUAAGAAUUGCUGAUCAGAAUGAUGAAAAGCCAUCUUUUUAUCCAGAAAAGUAUUUUGUGAAUUUUGAUGAAAAUCAACCAAGUGGUUCAUUGGUUGUUCAAGUGACUGCUUUUGACCGAGACUACGGAUCUAAUGCUAAGAUAACAUACAGUUUUGUAUCAAAUGAUCCAGCAUUCGCUAUUAACCCAGACACUGGUAUUAUUACGACAACACGAGUACUAAGCAGAAGUGUUCGAAAUCAGUACACACUACAAGUGGUGGCAGUUGAUCCUGAUCCUUCGCAUGUAUCAAAUGUUGGCACCGUUGAAAUAGCCGUUUUCAAUUCAAUUGACAUUGUUCCCGUUUUUCAAAGUCUGCCGUUCAAUUUUUAUGUUGAUGAGGAUUCUGGUACUGUAUCAAAUCCAACAACAAAAACAGUUGGCUCUGUCAGAGCAGUUGUGAAUGGUAAAACUGUCAGAUAUGCCGUUGUAAAUGGUGACACUGAAAAAAUAUUCAAUAUUGGACAGACAACAGGGGCCAUAACUGCAGUGAAAAGAGUAGAUCGGGAAAUGAAAUCAGAGUAUUCGCUUACAAUCGUUGCCUACACUGACAGUCGUAGCGCAGAAGUUGACGUACAUAUAUCUAUAAAUGAUGUUAAUGACCAUGCACCGAAAUUUGAACUCAUCAACAGUGAAGUUUUCAUUGCGGAAAAUUUACCGGAAGGAAAUGAAGUAUAUCUUGCAUCUGCAGUUGACCUAGAUGCUGAUAUGAAUUCUGUUAUUACUUACUCUAUAAAUGACCCAUCCUUUUCGAAUCUAUUUGAAAUCAACAGAAAUACAGGAAUGAUCAUUCUAGCGAAAUCUAUCCAGAAACUGAACUUGGCGCAGAGAUCUUUCCAGGUUACAAUUACGGCGACUGAUGGUGGAUCUCAGCAACUUUCGUCAUCACAGCAAAUCACAUUAGUCAUCAAAGAUGUAAAUGAUCAUUCUCCGGUAUUUUCACACACAAGUUAUGCAUACUCAUUAUACGAAACCACUUCAGUAAACGAACAAUUCUUGGUGCUGCAAGCCGCUGAUAGUGACUUUGGUGAGAAUGCGAAAAUAACAUACAACAUUACUCGAGGGAAUGGUGAUUCAUCAUUUGGAAUUUUCCCCAGUGGUGCCCUAUAUGUUGCUAAACAACUAGACCGUGAAACGAGGGACCACUAUCAACUGACUGUUGUUGCUACUGACAACGGUGCCGAUCGGCGGAGUUCUGCUGUCAAUGUGACAAUAAACGUUUUGGACAACAAUGACAACAAGCCUUUGUUUGUAAACACAACUUACUCAAUGACAAUCAAGGAAAAUAGCCCAGCACACAGUGUUAUUGGUUCAGUGAGUGCCACAGAUGAAGACAUCGGAAGGAAUGCUGAAAUUUCGUAUUUCUUAGUGACUGGUCAUGAUAAAUUUAUGAUGGACGUACAAACAGGUGAAAUCAGAAGCUUGAAAGUUUUCGAUAGAGAGAGCUUGAUUGAAGACACUGGAAAAGAUUCUUAUACUAUUGAGAUUAUGGCUACCGACAAUGGAAUCACAAAACUAAAUGACAAAGCUACAGUUGAAAUUCGUAUCCUUGACGAGAAUGAUAACCCACCUAUCUUUGACAACAAUAUCUACAGACCGAAAGUGAAAGAAAAUUCGGCAAAGUAUUCGCCUGUUGUGAAGGUGAGUGCAACUGACUUGGACAGUGGAGAAAAUCAGGCAUUGACAUACUCAAUAUUAUAUGGAAAUGAGGAUGGACAGUUUGAAAUAAAUUCAGGAAGUGGACAGAUUUCAUUAGUUGGAUUUGUGGACCGUGAGUCACAAGAUAGUUAUUCAUUAAACAUUUUGGCUACAGAUUCUGGAUCCAUAACAAAAAAUAGCGCAACUUGCACUGUUUCUAUUACAAUUUUAGAUGUCAAUGACAAUUCACCACUUUUUGCACAGUCUGUGUAUGAAGUCGUCUUGUCCGAAUAUACAGUUGUUGGAGAUGAAAUUAUUCAGUUUGUUGCCACCGAUACUGAUCUUGGAAUAAAUGCUCAAAUCACGUAUUCUCUAACUGGAGGUGCUGGAACAUUUGUAAUAGACGCUAAUACUGGGAAAUUGUACUUGGAUAAAGGAUUAGAUUAUGAAACAAAACGUGAAUAUAAACUAAAUGUAUCUGCCUCUGACAAAGGAACACCAAAGGUUCUGCCAACAUAUGCUAGUCUAACAGUCAAAGUCAAUGAUGAGAAUGACAAUGUACCAACUUUCAUAAAUACGCCAAACGUGGCCUCAAUUACGGAGAAUGCAAAUUCCUUUCAGUCCAUCAUGAAAGUAACAGCCCAGGAUAUUGACUCUGGUCUCAAUGGGUCUGUGACCUAUAGCAUCAUCAACCAGGAACCAGUUUCAAACAUGUUCUCUAUAGAUUCAGAGCAAGGAAAAAUUUCAUUUUCUGGUUCUGAUUUGGACAGGGAAAAGGUCUCUACGUAUAGUUUGACUGUUGAUGCAUCAGACAAAGGCGUUGACAUCACAAAGAGAAAAUCGUCUGAAAAGACCAUCAUUAUUAAUGUCAUCGAUGAAAACGACAAUGCACCUGUUUUCUUAUCAACUAAUGCUGUCACAGUAACGUACCCAACAAGUAUUGGACAGUUUGCAACAAUUAAGGCUGAGGACCCUGAUGAAGGGAACAACGGUAGAGUUGUCUACACUUUGCUUACUCAAAAUUCAUAUUUUAACCUUGACAUUACAUCUGGAGCAUUGUCUGUUACAUCUGCGUUACCAGCCUCACCGGGAACGUAUACAUUACGAGUGAAAGCAUCUGAUAAUGGAAUGACACCAAAAUCGAAGGAAAUGGAUGUAAGAGUUAUUCUAGUGCCGUCAUCAGGAGUGGGACCAAGAUUUGAAACCUCUUCGUAUUUACUUCAAAUUCCUGAGAAUCAAAAUAUUGGAAAAUCAAUUAAUCGCAUUUACACCAGUCCGUAUGCAAAUGAGAAAUUUUAUAUUACUAGAAUUAGUACUAAAGGAAAAAUUGGACAAUUGUUUCAAAUUGAUGAAAAUUCAGGAAUAUUUAGUGCCGCCAUGCAAUUGGAUAGAGAGAUUCAUGGGAGUAAUGUUAACGUUACUGUGUGUGCCAUACAGAGUUCCCAGAGCAGUCCAAGAGCUAGCUGCACUGUGGUUGUUGUCACAAUUCAAGAUUUAAAUGACACUCCACCGAAAUUCAGUAAGAAUCUGUAUGCUGAAACUGUUCCUGAGGGAACAGCCACGGGUACAAGAGUUGCAUCUGUUGUGGUCACUGAUGAAGAUACCACUGGGCAGGUCAGCCUGGUUAUUAGAAGUGGAAGUGAUGGGAAAUUCAUCAUUAACAAUUCAGGUGAAAUCAAACUUUCAUCAAAGUUGGACAGAGAGACCAACAAAAAGCAUACACUUGUUGUGCAAGUUUCAGAUGGAGUACAGACAUCUACAGCUACUGUGGUUGUCACGGUUACAGACAUCAACGAUAGUCCACCAACUUUUAAACAAAGUCUGUACACUUUCGAUGUCCCAGAAGACACUGCUGUCGGGACCACCCUUGGAAGAGUGGAGGCUGAGGAUUUGGAUGAAGGAAUAGCUGGAGAGGUCUACUAUACCCUCUUGACCACCUGGGGGUCUGAUUUAUUUAUGUUGGACCUCCAGAAGGGAACAUUUACUUUGAGAGGAAAUUUAGACUUUGAAGAGAUACAGUUAUAUACCCUGAGAGUCAAAGCAGAAGAUAGAGGGAGCCCUGUUCUGUCAUCUACAGUCACAAUAUUUAUGAACAUCAAGGACACAAAUGACAAUGAACCCGUCUUUGACCCCAUGUCAUACAGCACUGAGGUCAAGGAAGAUGUUGCCAUAGGAACAAGUGUUGCCAUGGUUUCUGCUACAGAUAUUGAUUCUGGAUUGAAUGGUCUAAUCUACUAUGAAAUCUUUGAUGGGGACUCACAAGGCCAGUUUGGAAUGGGAAAAGAGAAUGGAACUCUAUACACCACAAAGAGGCUUGACCGUGAAACAACAGCAAACUAUAGCCUUACUGUAUUGGCUAUUGACCAGGCAGAAUCUCCUAACAUUAAAAGAAGCACAACAACUCAGGUGACUGUUAUUGUUAAAGAUGUCAAUGACAACGCACCAGUGUUUCUCACAUCAUCUGUUAUGUCAGUUCCAGAAGACAGGAAGAUUGGUAGUGUGGCUUUUGUAGUUAAAGCAGAAGACAAAGAUAUGGGUGACAAUGCUGUCAUCAAUUUCCUUCUCUCCUAUCAUCCACAGUCACCAUUCAGGAUAAAUCCGUCAACUGGAGAAGUAAUAGUCAACACAGCGCUGGACAGAGAAAGUACGCCCAACUAUACUGUUACCGUAUCUGCUUCUGACAAUGGAAAAACAUCAAAGACAUCUGUACAGUCACUAAUGAUUAAAAUCAGUGAUGUCAAUGAUAAUAAGCCUAUAUUUAAUCCUUCAUCCUACAGUAGAAUAGUAGCAGAAGAUACCAAAAUCGGAACAACACUCAAAACGGUCACUGCAACUGAUCGUGAUGAAGGAUUAAACGGUAAUGUGCGCUAUUUCAUUGUGGAUGGUGAUCGAAAUUUUGAUUUCACCAUCGACCAGAGCAGUGGUGUUAUCCGUAUACAAAAGAAUUUGGAUUAUGAACGUGUGCAAACAUAUUCACUGAGAAUACAAGCCGAGGAUAGUGGAAGUAAUACACAAUCUGCAUUUGCAGAUGUUACGAUCAGUAUACUAGAUGUGAAUGAUAAUAAACCAGUUUUCGUUAAUUCACCAUAUUAUCCUCUAGUUCAAGAAGAGGCUGACAAUCUUCCAGUCCAUGUUCUGCAAGUUUCCGCUCGAGACGAGGAUUCUGGGAAUAACAACAGAGUUACAUAUGGAUUUCGUGAAGGUGAUAAAGUUAAUGGCGAAGUAGUGUUUAGGAUGAAUAACACUUCGGGAGAGAUAACUUGUCUAAAGAAACUGGAUCGAGAAGAGCGUGAAGACUACCAGCUAACAAUAGUAGCUUUUGAUUCAGGCAGCCCAAGUUUGACAGGCACUGGAACUGUGAUAGUCAAAGUCCAAGAUAUCAACGAUCAUGCUCCUGAAUUUGAGCACAGUUCUGUGUAUGUCGGCCAUAUUGAAGAGAAUCUACCUGGCAGCUCACUCAUCCUGACAGUCAAAGCCACAGACAAAGAUACAGGACCCAAUGCACAAAUCAUAUACAGCUUAAAUGAUAGUUUCGGUGAGAAAUUUACAAUUCAUCCAUCUACUGGUGCCCUAAUGGCUGUCAAACCAUUGGACAGAGAAGAAAAGGAUGCAUACAGUUUGAAGGUCAUUGCUAGGGACAACGCUCUCAUUCCAAAACAGAUUACAGCUGAUGUGACCAUAAUUGUUGAUGAUAAGAAUGAUAAUUCUCCACAAUUUGAAAAACAAAACUACCAACAGACAGUCAAUAAUCCAACACAAAAAGGAGAUUUUGUGUUGGGUGUGACAGCUUUGGACAGAGAUAUUGGUGGCAAUGGACAAGUGAUCUACACAUUGACAGGGUCAGACAAGUUUGUUAUCAACGGACACACUGGUAUAUUGACUGCUAGUCAAACACUGGAUGUUGCCAGGAGUACUUAUACAUGUGUAAUCAAAGCAGAAGAUCAGGGACUGCCUAAAAGAAGUUCAUCUGUCAAUGUAACAGUCACUGUGUCUGACAUUAGUUCCAGUAGCAAGCCUGCCUUUACAUCUUUUACUUCACCACAAAAAAUUGAAGAAAACAAACCAGCUGGACACCCAAUUGUCACAGUUCAGGCAAUUUCAAAUACAGGUGGCAGCAUCAAAUUCUAUUUGGCAGGAGGCAACAUUGGGCAAUCUUUUACCAUUGGACAGUCCACAGGGGCAAUCACUGUACUGAAUCCUGUGGAUUACGAAAUGACGCAGACCUAUGAUUUGUGGAUUGAGGCAAGGGAUGGAACAAACACAGCUCUCUCAGCUUACAGGAAGAUGAUCAUUAAUGUUCAGGAUUUGAAUGACAAUAUUCCCAGAUUUUCACAACCCUUGUACACGCCCACUGUCUCAGAAGACGCAGAUAUUGGAGGAUCAGUUCUACAGAUAAUGGCCACAGAUGGUGACAGCGGUAACAAUGGUCAAAUGACAUAUAGAUUGGCUACGAAUGAUACAACAUUCCAGAUUGACCCCAUGACAGGCUUAAUUACCACCAGUGUUAAAUUAGACCGAGAAAAGAUUGAUGUUUAUAAUAUAGUUGUGGAAGCCAUUGACAGGGGCACACAGCCACAGACUGGUUCCACCACAGUUAGGAUACUAAUAUCAGAUGUCAACGACAAUUUUCCACAAUUUUCCCACAAUUUCAACAUUGAGAUUCCGGAGGAUACGGCUGUUGGUAGUUUUAUAAUCCAGGUCACGAGUUCAGAUGAUGAUAUCGGAAACAAUGCUAAAGUUACAUAUGGUAUCAUAGAAAAUCCAGAAAACAAAUUCAAAAUUGAUCCUAAUUCUGGAAAUAUUACACUCCUCAGUAAACUUGAUGCCGAGUUACAAAACGGACCAAGCAACCAAGGUAUGAGGAUCAAGAUUUCGGCCUCGGACAGCUCACAUGUGACGCAUGGGUUUGUCAAUGUAAGAAUCUCUGAUGUAAACGACAAUGCACCAAAAUUUUCUCAGCCACUCAGCUUUGCUUUGAUUGAGGGUUCACCAUCAGGUUCUUAUGUCGGGAAAGUCAGCGCGAUAGAUGCAGACAUAUCACCGCCAAAUAAUCAGUUGUAUUAUUCGUUUAAAUUAUCAUCCUCUGAAUUUGGCAUUGAUUCAACAAGUGGAGAAAUAAGUUCUAAAAUUGAAAUGGUUUACGUUCAUAACACUGAAUAUCCUAGUGUAAACAACAGAGAAUUGAUCGUCAUAGCAACUGACUUGGGAACUCCCCCAAAGUCAUCCGAGGCUGUCGUUCAGCUGCAAAUUACUGAUGCUAAUGAUCAUGCCCCAGUGUUUGAGAAGAGGGAUUAUUAUUCAGCGGUACCAAACAAUGUUGUUGUUGGUGAUCAUGUGAUGAAAGUCGUUGCUGUGGAUAAGUUUGACUAUGGGGUAAAUGCAGAAGUGGAAUAUUUCAAAGAUGGUGGAAGUGGUGCUAGCUAUUUCUAUGUAAACAAAAUCACAGGAGAUAUUUCGAUAGCCAGUUCUCUUCUGGGACAACUGAAUCAGGAGUUCAAAUUAGUAGUCAAAGCCCAAGACAAAGGCACGCCACCAAAGAAUGUUACUCAGGAAAUAAGAUUCAAAAUUACAGGUGUCAAUGAAAAUAGUCCUGUUUUUACCACCACCAACUUGCAGACAACCAUCAUGGAGAACACGAUAAUAACAUCCAGUAUUGCCAAUGUCAAUGCAAGAGAUAAUGAUGUUCCUGGUCCAAAUAGUGAAAUUUCCUACCAUAUUGUAGGUGGCGAUCCUAAAAAUCUUUUCUUAAUCGACCAAUCAAGAGGUGAUAUAUCAGUUCAUAAACCAUUGGAUUAUGAAGCAACAAGACAACAUACUUUGACAAUCAUGGCCAAGGAUCAAGCUCUUUUCUCACAAAAUGCAACAGUUGUUUACAUUGUGCAUGUGACUGACGUGAACGAUAAUGCACCUGUCUUUAACAGCACGUAUUUCAUAGUAUCAGUCGAUGAAAACACUGCAAGUGGUGUUGUCAUAACAACCAUAACGGCUACCGAUUCUGAUUCUGGAAACAAUGCCAUUAUUGAAUAUUCUUUCGGAUACACUCAGAAUAAUGAAUGGUUUACAAUUGAUCAGUUUACUGGUUCCAUCAAAACUAAGGCAGCAUUGGAUUAUGAGCAGCAGACUUCAUACACUGUUUUGAUUUUAGCCAUCAACCCAGGAACACAGCUCAAAAAUACCACAGAAGUUGUCAUUGAAAUUAAUGGAGUUAACGAAUUCUAUCCAACAUUUGUGCAAAAGAACUAUCCAUUCAGUAUCAAGGAAUCUAUUCCUGUCGGUACAACUUUAGGGUCAGUGGUUGCCACUGACGAUGAUGACGGUGAAGAUGGAGUUGUAUACUAUUAUUUGAUUGGCUCAAGCAAUGCAAAAGGAUUUAAAAUGGAUUACAAAACAGGGGAGUUAAUCGUGUCUGGACGUCCCGACUAUGAAAGUUCACCACAUAUAAUCCUAACUGUCAUGGCUAAGAACUGGGGCAGUAUAAAAGGUGGAGACACAGACCAGUGUACUAUUAAAAUCACUGUAGAAGAUGCUAAUGAUCCUCCAAUAUUUUCCAAACAACUUUACAAUGCUUCAGUCAGAGAGAAUUCUGGGAUAGGUAUCAAUGUCAUACAAGUUGCAGCAACAGAUACGGACCACAAACCAUCAGACCAAGUUUUCUAUUUCACCAUUUUGGAUGGAAAUGGUAAUGGUCUUUUCAAGAUUGAUCCUUCAAGUGGAUGGGUUUCUACGACAGGUGCAGGGGUGCUGGACAGGGAGACUAAUCCUGUAUAUAAUGUGACUGUUGGAGCUGUAGAUACCGGAACUGUGCCCCAGACAGGUUCAGCUGUUGUUCAAAUAAACCUGAUUGAUGAAAAUGAUAAUGGACCAUUCUUCAUUCCAAGUAAUUUAACUGGACACAUUUUAGAAAAUCGAAAUGCUGAAGUCCCGGUUAUUUCUCUAUAUGAUUUCACAAAAGAUCCAGAUCUAGUUCCAUACCAAUACAGAUACAGGCUACAAGGAACCAGUAGUUAUUUCCAGGUCAAUGAGGUCAGUGGAAUGGUUACAUCAAGGAAAUCUAUUGAUCGGGAACAGAAUCCAAAGUUUGAAAUUGGGGUCAUAGUUUCAGAUGGAGGCUCUCCAAUACAAUCAUCUACUCUUACAUUUAGCGUAGUUGUUGAUGAUGAAAAUGAUACACCGCCAUCACCCAGAAACAACAUGGAAAUACAAGUAGCUCUAUUUAAUGAGAGAAUCCCAGCAGGUCCAAUAGCAGACGUCCGCCCUAUUGACCCAGAUUUGGUUGGUUCUUACAGCUGCGAGAUUACAACACAAACAAAUAUUUUCCAUAUAGCAAAUGGCUGUCAACUGAGUGUAAUGUCAAAACCAGAUAUUACCAACCCAAUGAUUGUCAGUUUUUCAGGUUCUGAUGGACGCCAUGAUAAAGUUACAUACAAUGCUGAAAUUAAGUUUCUCAAGUUCAGUAACAAAACCCUGGACAACACAGUCAUUCUUAGAAUUGAGAAUAUUUUAGCGGAGCAGUUUGUCGACUCUAAAUUGAAAAGUAUGAAACAGUAUCUGUCGGGUGUAUUUGGAACAUCAUACACUGUUGUUAUUUACAGUGUUAAAUCUUUCGACAGGGAUGCUCUUGUUUACUUAUCUGUCACAAACCCAGAUGGUUCGCUAGUUUUACACGACAUUUUGAGACAACAGGUUUUAAAGAAAAAGACAGACAUUGAGUCUGAAGUAGGAAUAACAAUUAGUCAUGUUGGUUACACACCAUGUGCUCCGUCUACCUGUCAUCUCGGUGAAUGUUUAAACCAUAUUGAAGUUGGUAGCAAUGUGAAUGCCGUAGACUCUGAUCGGCUGAUUAUUUCAUCCCCCGAUUUAAUCAUUUCCUAUCAGUGUUCAUGUCCGCCUGAAGUUACAGGAACACACUGUGAGAUUCCCGUCAGCCCUUGUGGAGAUGGUCAUUGUCAAAAUGGAGGAUUUUGUUUAACUAAUCAAGAAGGAAAUCAAAUAUGUGAUUGUCCAACCGGCUGGACAGGUACAUAUUGUGAGAAUGAUGUCAAUGAAUGUUCAGCUUCACCGUGUAGGAAUGGAGGAUCAUGUGAAAAUACACAAGGAACAUUUCAAUGCAGUUGUAGAGACGGAUUUACUGGGAAUUUAUGUGAAAAUGGUGCUGAUCGGUGUUCACCAAAUCCAUGUGUCAACGGUAUUUGUAAAAAUCAAAUUGGAAGUUAUAAAUGUGAGUGCCCUUUCACUUUCUGGGGAGACAAAUGCCAGUACACAUCUAUUGGAUUUAAUGUCGGUUCAUAUAAACUCUUCAGCUCUUUGUCGUCAUCCACAAAUGACAACACAUUUGAUAUCACGUUGGCAACCGUGAGCAACAGGGCCCUGAUUCUGUAUAACCCUGCAGAGCUUACACAAUCUAGCGAAUUUUUGGCACUGGAAAUUAUUAAUGGACAAGUGAGAUUUUCAUUUAACUUGGGAGAUAUAGCUACUUCUAGAGUGACUGUUCCUAGAAACAUCUCGACAGGGGAAUGGUUCCGUAUUCAAGUUCAUAGGAGUGGAGAGCAUGCCCAGUUAAGAGUUAGCAGUUGUCCCAAAGAUGGAGGUGUGUGUCCAGAAUGUUCCGACUCAUCCUGCACCAGAGAAGCUUCACAAACAUCUCAAAAACUGAAUUUAAGUAAUGAGCCUGUUUCUAUUGGUGGCAUUAAAGACAUUAAUGUGGCAUUACAGCGGCCUGGUCAGAUUGAGACCCAUGAUUUUGUGGGAUGUAUGAGAGAAUUUAAGAUUAACAACGAAGAUUAUCUUCAUAGUAAAAAUCCUCUAGAAGAACAAGGUGUUGACAAUAAUGGCUGCCCACGACAACAAGGUCAAAGUUCAUGCUCAGAUGCCGUGUGCCACAAUGGCGGCAGAUGUGUUGAUGAAUGGAAUACAGUCAGUUGUAGAUGUGCAGCAGGUUUCCAUGGCAAUACCUGUCAACAAGAAUUCAAACCAUUUGGUUUUGGUGCAAGUGCAUAUGUUGUGUUCAAACAGAAAGAAAGCUAUCAGCGGGAUGUUUUAGUAACAAAAUCAAGGAGACGUCGAGCAGCCGACACAUCCAGUGUCUUCAUAAGAUUUAGAACAACCAACAAUGGUCUGCUUUUCUAUGCAGAGAGAGGUUCAAGGUCAUCAGUACUUUAUAUUGAUGAUAAAACAUUGAAGUAUACCAUCACAGAGAGUACCAGUAACCAGGUCACAGUAGAGGUCAAGGUCGACUCUAUUCGUGAUGGAAGCUGGCAUAAUGCUACAGUCAUUAUAACAGGAUCAACGAUUUUGCUGAUGUUUGACGAUAAGAGUUCUUCUCGGAGCAAUGUACAGACGGCAUUCAAGUUUUCUGAUGUGCAUGUGACACAAAUGUCACUAGGUGGCACCACCACAACUGUUUCUGUCGAUGGUGGCUUAAAUGAUUUGCAAGGUUUUGGAGGAUGUGUGUCUGAAUUUGAAUUGGACGAGAAAGUUACACCUCUAAAUGGUACAACUGACAGAUUUGUUAUUGAAACAAGUACUACUGGUGUCGAGAACGGUUGCUCUGGAUUAUGUGCAUCUGCAGGAUGCAGUGGUUGUACUGUAGAUGGAGAAGUUGCUAAAUGUGCUAUAAAUACAGCGGGAGAAGAUGAGCCAUUAGGAAUUGGAGUAAUAGUUGUGAUCGCAUUCUUUGGAGUUUUACUCAUAGUGAUUGUUGUCAUUUUCUUAGUUUACCGAUUCCAUAGACAGCGAAAAGAGACAGCAGCAAAACAAAAUGGCCAUGUGAAUAAAAGUUUCGGAAGUGGUCAUAGUCCAGGAGAUUCUGGUUAUGGCGACAAUGAAUUUAUACAUCAACAUGUCAAUCAGAGUAUUAAAAAUAGUUCACAUUAUGCGGUGUCCAAUGGUAGACUGCCAAGUAGACCCGAUUUGAUAAAUGCUGACGGAAGAAGAUCAGCUUUGCCGUUAGAGAUAGAUGAUGGCACUGUUAUAAUUGACAAUGGUGAUAUUCAUUUGACAGGAAACGAGGAUAGUCCAGAACUAUAUGAUUUGGAAAAUGCAAGUAGUAUAGCGCCAUCUGAUAUUGACGUUUCGUACUAUUAUGGUGCUUCUCGACAUGGCAAAGGCCAGUCAUAUAGAGAUAACUACAAAAAACAGUUAUCAAAGACUAAUGGGCAUGGCCCAUCUGCAAAUCACUGGAACUCAAAUGGUUCCAGAGAAAGUCCUGGUGCCUUAAGAAUGCAGACCACUGCAAUGCAAAAUAGAAACAGUCCAGCUAAUAUGCUGGGUCCUCAGCAUUUUAACCCGCCAAAUCGCAAUAGUCCAGCAUCACAAUAUGGGUCUCGGCUUAGUCCCAUGAAUCAAAUAAAUAGACAAAGUCCCCAUUUAAGGGCUAGUCCCUUAGUGCAACAAAACAUGCGUGGCACACCAGACAUUCAUCACGGAAGGGGGGAUUCCGAUCAUAGUGUCGUAAGUCAUCAUAGCCAUCACAGUAUUAGUUCAACCUCAUCAGCAUCUAGGAUGCAACCGUUACCAAAUGGACAUAUUAAACAUAGUACUGGUAAAAGACCGAUGCCAGGUAGCCGUGUUCCAAAUCAUUCGCGGCCAGUGAAAGGAUUAACUGUAGAAGAAAUAGAUAAAUUAAACGCCCGUCCAUCUAGACCUAGUCCUGUCAGUAUGUUGGAGGCUGUGUCUUCAUCAACAGAAGAAAACCGUCUUAAUCCACAGUAUAAAAUUAAAGACCAUCUAGACGAUGGGGCCAUGUUGGAACCUCUUGAUUCAAGUUCGGAUGAAAGUAACAAUGAUUCAUUCACAUGUUCAGAAUUUGAAUAUGAAAAUGACAAGGGUCGUAGUGACUUUGACCCAAGUGCAAUGAUCUUUUCAAAAGUUGCCGAAGUUGACAAUGAAAACGAGGAUUUUAAUGUGAAUCCUAACUACCGGAACAAUGAUGGACUAGACUCAAAUGGAAGUUCAUUUGCUUCUUCAGAGGAAGGAAGAAGAAAUGGGGCUCCAGUUAAUGGUGCAAUAAAUUGGGACUAUUUUACUGACUGGGGCCCUAGUUUUGAGAAGUUAGUGGGCGUGUUUAAGGAUAUUGCAUCCCUGCCGGAUGGGGACGGGACUUCAAAUAAUAAUAUGGACUGCAGGACUGAAACAGAGGAAUAUGUGUGACCCCCUCAGGACUAUUUAAAUAUUUAAAUUAUAUCAAAAGUAACUUACAGCACAUGAUUAUGCAAAUUAAUGUACUAUUUAAUUAUAUAGAAUAUUUUAUAUUUUUGUUUCAUCAUUGAAUUGUAAAAAAGAAAUAUUGUACAUAAAUUUUUUAUUUUAUCCAUGAUUUUGUAUUUAUACACAAUAUUCACUUGUAAAUAAAUUGCUAUUGAGUUCUUGAGUCCCAGUCUAAUUUAAUGCAUAAUUACCAUUAAGCUUUAUUUAUUCUCAUUCAAGUGCAGCCAGUCAAUAUUGUGUGUGAAAACAAACUAUUUUCUUACUGUCAGUCAAAAAUAAACCUCAAAUAAACUAACUACUUGUUUGAUCAAAGUGUAAAUAUGUGUAAAAAAGUUUUUUCUUGAGGUUAUCUAAGUUACCAUGUUUUGAUAUGUAAAUUAAUGAGAUCUAUCUUUGUCUGACAAUGAUCAUGUGAUGGUCAUGUGAUGUUUUUACACCUAGUUCAAAGGUGUGUUUGAUAUUUUUUAAUUGUACAGUCUUUUAUACAUUUUAUAAUAUUUUGUUUGUUGUGUUUUAACCAAAAGUUCUUAUAUUUUAUAUCUUUUAAUUUUAAAGCAAACAAAAUUUGUUUCAGAUUAUUUGAUUGUGUAUUGAUGAAAAACAGAAUCAUGUUUAUUUUUAAAAUAUAAUCAUUUGUCACCAUACAAAAUAUAAGAAAAGAACAUUUGUAAAAUUUAGAUUUUCUGUAAAAAUUAAAUUGAAAAUUAAAAGACAGGUAAACAGAAGAAAGUUGAUUAAUUGAUUAAUAUUGAAAUUAGUAUUUUUAUUAGAUAAUGUAAAAGAUUGCAAGAAUAUAUUUUUAUGAAUAAAAUUCACAAUAAAUAAUGAAAAUAGUACAUUCCAUGGAUUAAGGGGAGUAGAAAUUAAAUCUUGCCAAUUGAUUUGUGAUAUUCAUUUGAAAAUUGUACGUGUCAUUUGUAUUCUUAAGCAAAGUGUUCAUUAAAAACAUACACACAUAUCUUCAUUUUCAUCUGUCCAUCAUGUUUAUACCUUUUACAUAAAUUGCUCAUUUUAUUGAUUGAAACUAGCUACUUUAUAGGAAAUAGGUUUCUAGUAUUUUGAAAAUACUGCAAAAUGAAUUAAAUUAAUUUUCAUCAUUAUUUGGAAAAUAAUCUACUUUUAAUCUCUUAUUAUGAGAUAUAUUUUUUUGAAAGCAAGAUUUUAUAAUUUGACAUCAUUUAUAAAGAUUUAUAUAUAAAAACAUUUAAAUAUUUUUGUGAGAGUGUAACUAUUAGAAUGUGUUAAAGCAUUUCUGUCUCAAUUCAACUUCCAAUCAUUUAAGUUUUUUAACAUUUCCAAUUCAUUUAUCAUUCCAAAGCAAGUUGAGGUCAUGAAUAAAAUCAUAUAUAGAUUACUUUAGUACUUGAUAGCAUACUGCUGAUAUACAAGUAAUGUUUACUUUAUGUUUCCCCUACUUCUAUGUGCAAAUAUGUUUCCCCUACUUCUAUGUGCAAAUAAAGACUUUUAUAAAACUAACAAAUUUGGUCAAAGGGAGAUAACUUAAAUGUAGAAGUUACAAUUUUGUAAAACAAUUAUGUUAAUUAAAGGGAGGUUAUCAUGGCAUGACAUUAUGCAACUAAAGAUAGUUCUUAAUUAUAAUUAUUAAAACUUUUUUAUGAUUAAACCAUAAUGUAUUCAUUUACUUCAUUCCAUAUAUUUCAUAAAAAUGAAGCAUUUGAAAAUUUGAAAAUAGCCAUAAACAUUUAUAUUGUAAAUGAAAUUAAAUAUCAGCAGAAAAACAAUUUAUUAAAUGCAUGAAAAUAUACCUAGCUAAUGAUCAAAAUGUUUAUAAACCUAUGCAUUUAUUUAAAAUAUAGACAUUGUCUUGGCAAGAAUUUGUUAUCUGUUUACAGAUAAAAAUGAUAUUGUUUCUAUUAAAGAAAUAAAAAAUAAUGAAUUUA